AUGUGCGAUCCGCUGACAUUUCUGCUAGACAUAAGUCAGGUCACCAUGGUAGCCCCAGCUGUUACGAACGAGACCAUUCAGAAGCGCCAUCAUGAAGAGACUACUACAGCUAUCGACAAAGAAGUUCAUCAGGACCAUUAUCACACCGCCGUUCAGCCUGUCAAGGAUCGUGAAGUCCUACCAGAGCAGCAUCACGAGCGUGUUAUUCCCGUCGAGCACCGCGAGCAUCACCAUGGGAAUGUCGAUGCAUUGAAGCGAAACCUUGAACAUGAGAGAACACAAUUCCAGAACACACGUGUGGAAGGAAGCACUAAAGAAACGCACUCAGUCGCCCCUGUCGUCGCUGGAGAGCAUGUUCACCAUCAUGUUCAUGAAACCAUUCAACCCGUAGUCCAGAAGGAGACAAUACAGCCCUCUGUGAUGCACACUACUGUUCCUGUCCAUGAAGUCCAUCACAAUGACGCGAAGCACCAUGCUGCAUCUGCCCUGCCGGCUAUCAGCAUGGCCGACUUCAAGAAGCAAGGUGGAGCAUUGACUGGUCGUGAGGAGCGCUCUGAUGGGUUUGAGGGUGAACCUAAGGCUAUUGGUACUGCCAUGGAUUUAGGAUCCAAACAUAGUGAUCACACGGGACAACACCCGACUGGCUCCAGGACCGGAAAUGAUGCGGUUAUAAGCACAACCCCGGGUCACGGUUCAAGUCAUGGUACAGGUUACGGCACCGGCCAUGGCGCUGGUGUUGGUCCUGGUCAAGAGUCGAAGCUUCAGCAGAAAUUAGACCCACGAGUUGAUUCUGACCGAGAUGGGUCACGUAACGCGGGCCUGGCCCAAACUUCUGGUACUGCUGGCACUAGUACCCACACCCCAAUGACCGGCACAGGACCAACACAUCACACUGGUAGUAGCAGUGGCAUGGAUCCUGUUGGUAGUCACGCUUCAGACACAACGGCAACGAAGAAGAAGCCCUCGAUUUUUGACAAGAUCAACCCGAAGAAGGAUGCCGAUGGAGAUGGCAAGCCAGGCUUCAUGCGUUGA